GGAGCGGAUAAAUGUCUUAAUGUACGAUUGGAUAGACCUGGUUGUCCAUUACGCAGAAGGAGUCUAAUUUUCGGACGUUAUCAGCUAUGGAUUGGAAAGCCGAAGUUAAAACUGAUUAUUUAAUCGCCUGAAUAGAAAGGUAAAUAGGGAACGAACAUGGAGGCGGAAAGUCUUAUUCAACACAUUGAACGAGACAUGGAGGUCACUUCAGUGCCGUUAUCAGUGACCGCUGACUGGCUGGAGGACGGAAACGAGACGACCGGGAAUCAGUUCCAGCAGCCCGACUGGCAGGUGGCUCUCUGGGCUUUAGCCUACUCCCUCAUCAUCCUGGUGUCCAUCACCGGGAACGUCACAGUGAUCUGGAUUAUCCUGGCUCACAGACGCAUGAGGACCGUAACCAAUUACUUCAUCGUGAAUCUGGCCUUCUCUGACGUUUCCAUGGCAACCUUUAACACUCUUUUUAACUUUGUCUACGCGCUCCACAACGACUGGUACUUUGGCCUGGGCUACUGCAGGUUUCAGAACUUCUUCCCCAUCACGGCCAUGUUCUCAUCAAUAUACUCGAUGGCAGCCAUCGCAGUGGACAGGUACAUGGCCAUCAUCCACCCUCUGAAGCCUCGCCUCUCCUCCACCUCCACCAAGGUUGUGAUCGCCCUGAUAUGGAUCGUGGCCGUCUUACUGGCUUUCCCUCAGUGCUACUACAGCGUGACGAGGUUUUACUACCCCAGAACUGUGUGCAUGGUCGACUGGCCGGACGAUUACGGAGGAACACAUCAGCUGAGCUAUCAGUACGCAGUCAUACUGCUGAUCUACUUGCUCCCUCUGCUGGUGAUGCUGGUGACCUACAGUUUAGUCGGUCGAUCGCUGUGGGGCGGACACAUCCCCGGGGAGGCGUCAGACCAUUACCACAGUCAGAUCACAGCCAAGAGAAAGGUGGUGAAGAUGAUGGUGGUGGUGGUGGUGACCUUUGCCCUCUGCUGGCUGCCCUACCACAUCUACUUCAUCCUGGGAUCAUUUAACCGAGACAUCUAUAAGCAACAUUACAUUCAACAGGUGUAUCUGGCUAUAUUCUGGUUGGCCAUGAGCUCCACCAUGUACAAUCCUAUUAUCUACUGCUGUCUGAACCAAAGGUUUCGUGCUGGUUUCCGUCAUGCCUUCGCCUGGUGUCCCUUCAUCAAAGUGUCAGAGGAGGACAAGAUGGAGCUGCAGCACACCCACACCUUCAGAGUCACCAUGACACGCAGCCACCGCAACGACGCCUCAUCCAUCAAAACAAACAACACGAACGCCUCGAACACGCCUGUCAUUGGUGACCUCAACGCAGAGAGAGAUGCUUGCGCGUUGCUUAAAAACCACUCACACAACGCACGCUUGGUGAAGAGGGCGGACAAUGCAAAAUCACCAGCUGCCAAACUUUAGGGGGACGUAAACCAUGUUGAGGAUGUUCUCAAAGGGAAGAGUUUUCUGACGGAAGCGAGAAAAGACAAGAGGAAAACCUGCCGACUUCCAGAUCGAGGUGAGUGAGCGAUGACACUCAUCCAUGUGGAAGUCGUUGAAGUUGUUCGUCAGACUUGG